AUGAAUCCCGAAUACGACUACCUUUUCAAGCUCCUCCUCAUCGGCGAUUCCGGUGUUGGAAAGUCUUGUCUCCUUUUGCGAUUCGCCGACGAUACCUACACAGAGUCCUACAUUUCCACCAUCGGUGUCGACUUCAAAAUCCGGACUAUUGAGCUGGACGGCAAGACGGUGAAGCUUCAGAUCUGGGAUACUGCCGGACAAGAACGGUUCCGGACCAUUACAUCAUCUUACUACCGAGGCGCUCACGGCAUCUGCGUUGUUUACGAUGUCACCGACAUGGAGUCCUUCAACAACGUCAAGCAAUGGCUACAGGAGAUCGAUAGAUACGCCACCGAGGGUGUCAACAAGCUCCUGGUAGGCAACAAGAGCGAUAUGGCGGACAAGAAAGUGGUCGAGUACACAGUCGCAAAGGAAUUCGCCGACAGCCUGGGAAUCCCCUUCUUGGAAACCUCGGCCAAGAACGCGAGCAACGUCGAGCAGGCCUUCCUGACCAUGGCCCGCCAAAUCAAGGAGCGGAUGGGCACCACAGCGACCAACAACACGAAGCCGAACGUCCAAGUCGGGCCGGGACACGGCGUUUCGUCGUCGAGCACCAACCCCUGCUGCUAA